AUGGUGCCAUUACUCGGCCGUCUUUCUUUUCGCGACUACGGGGCACUCAUUUUUGGGUUUUUGUUUCUUGCUCUCGAAUCUCUUCUACACAUCAUCAUCGUCUGUCUGCCAAAGCCUGUCAUCAAUUGGUUCUACAGGCGAUCUAGAGCUCUGUUUAACCGUCUGUCCGAGCGGCGAAAACAUCGUUCAGAGGAGAAGAAAGCUGGAGAUCGCAUUCUUAAUGCUAGAGACUUCGGCGAGCUUUGUAGUAUCUAUGGAUACAUCCACGAGGAGCAUGUUGUUUUGACCAAGGAUGGCUAUUUGUUAGGUUUGCACCGUCUGCCCUCGAAGAUGGGUCAGAAGAAAACAAAUCCAGGCAGCAGUACAGGGAAACCUGUGGUGUAUUUGCACCAUGGGCUUCUCAUGAACAGUGAGGUUUGGGUUUGCUUGACAGACGCAGAGCGUGCGCUGCCCUUUGUCCUUGCUGAACUAGGAUAUGAUGUUUGGCUUGGAAAUAAUAGGGGAAACAAGUAUUCUAAGAAGUCGCUGCACCAUGGGCCUAACACAGCCAAAUUCUGGGACUUUAGUAUAGAUGAUUUCGCAUGGCACGAUAUCCCCGAUUCUAUCAAUCACAUUCUGGAGGUUACCAAGGCCGAAAAAUUGAGUUACAUUGGUUUCAGUCAAGGAACUGCUCAGGCGUUUGCCGCCCUCAGUAUACAUCCUGGCCUCAAUGAGAAGGUCAAUGUUUUUAUUGCCUUGGCUCCCGCUAUGAGUCCUCCGGGUCUCUCUGCUCCUAUUGUUGAUGGGCUUAUGAAGGCUUCACCAACAUUACUAUUUCUCUUUUUUGGUCGCAAAUCCAUCCUAUCCUCUGCGACGAUGUGGCAAUCCAUUUUAUAUCCGCCUAUUUUUGCCAGUAUGAUCGACCGUUCUUUAAUUUGGCUUUUCAAUUGGUAUAGCCAUAAUAUAUCCACGGAACAGAAGAUCGCAGCAUACGCCCAUUUGUAUUCCUUCGCCUCCGUCAAAUCUGUGGUGCACUGGUUCCAGAUCAUGCGGAAUGGUUGCUUUCAGAUGUACGAUGACGAUGUCUUGUCUCCUGUUGUUAGAACAUCUGUCAGCUCUUACCGGCCGGCUCGUUUCCCUACGCGCAAUAUUGUAACCCCCAUUGUCCUUCUCUAUGGAGACUGCGACAGUCUUGUGCACAUAGAGACGAUGCUGGCUCAAUUGCCUGACCACACUGUGGCUAAAGCGCUGCACACAUACGAGCAUUUGGAUGUUUUAUGGGGAAAGAACGUACACAAAGAUGUUAUCCCAGAGGUUAUCGAAGCACUAAAAUAUUAUCAAUGUAAUAAGGGUCGAGAUGACGCGGUGGUUGACAGCAAACCCCCUUGGACAGAAAUAGUUAGCGAUAUGGAUUAA